CAUCUACUUGGGACAGUUGGGGACACCGACACUAUGACCAUAACCGACACACAGAGUAUAAUUGAUAACCUUAGACCUUGGAGAAAGAAAUUAGCUUUUAUUGGCUUAUAAAUAAAAUUUAGAGAUUAUGAAUUAAGUUUCGUCGAUUUUCAUCUCAGCGAGAGCGAAGGCAGUAGUCGCCAGCCAUGAGCAUUCAUGAAUAGAGUUUGUUUCUGAAAAUGUGUGUUAAGGAACACAUUCUUUAAACCUAUCAACUUUCAAUAAUAUUACAUGUCGUUUGAUCUAGUGUAACCUGUUGGACAGGAAAAUAGAAACACCGAAUAUUGUGAUGUGAUACCGUGGUAUAAUCGAAUAAAUAAACUUAAGACGAAAUGUGGUAGCUUACAAAAGGAGAUACUAUAGGGAUUUUUGCUAUAAGAUUGUGAUAGUAUAAAUAAGCAUUUAAAGUACAUAGCGGCUAUAUUUUUCAAUGGAAAAACCAGUUAUUAUGUUUAUUGCAAUCAUCAAUUGAGCAGGGUUAUGGUAAAGUUUUGAUUGAUAUUCAAUAAGUACGGUUUGACCAGAUUUCACAUCUUAUUGUCGCUUCAGAUUUUUAGCUUUUUAGAGUGAUGCGCUAGUCUCUUUCCAAAGUUUACUUAUUGGUGUUACGGUCCUAAGAAGUGUAGAUCAACUUUAUACAUUGUAUGAUAAUAAACAAACAUUUAAAAUGGAUCAAAUGCUGCCAAGCCCGGGAUUCAGUAUCCCCAGUAUCGGAACACCAUUACAUCAACCCGAGGAAGAUCAACAAAUCUUACCAAAUGCACUGCAACAACAACAGCAACAAGUCCAACAAAGUCAUCAAAUCCAACAAAUGCAUCCAAUGGGAUCUAAUAUACAUGGAAUGCCUAUGCUCGCUACACCACAUAAAACCAUGCAUACCUAUACCCCAGCAUUUGCUACUCCACAGAGUCUUAUGCAGCCACAAACACCACAAAAUAUGAUGUCUCCGAUGGUACAACCUGCGAGUCAAAUAGCACCUCCUUCGAUUGGUCCCUCGACACCAGGGCCAAUGACUCCAAUGACACCUGCUUCUGCAGAUCCUGGAAUAUUACCUCAACUGCAAAAUAUUGUGUCAACGGUGAACCUAAAUUGUAAACUGGAGUUGAAAAAAAUAGCACUGCAUGCUAGGAAUGCUGAAUACAAUCCAAAACGGUUUGCAGCUGUAAUCAUGCGAAUUCGAGAACCAAGGACAACAGCUUUAAUAUUUAGUAGUGGAAAAAUGGUAUGCACAGGAGCUAAAAGUGAAGAGGACUCACGAUUAGCUGCCAGAAAAUAUGCUCGCAUUAUACAGAAGUUAGGAUUUCCAGCAAAGUUCUUAGAUUUCAAAAUACAAAACAUGGUUGGCAGCUGUGAUGUCAAAUUUCCAAUCAGAUUGGAAGGUCUAGUAUUAACACACGGUCAGUUCUCUUCGUAUGAACCAGAGCUUUUCCCUGGAUUGAUUUACCGGAUGGUAAAACCUCGUAUUGUGUUGCUCAUAUUCGUCUCUGGUAAAGUUGUAUUGACUGGUGCAAAAGUACGGCAAGAAAUCUAUGAAGCUUUUGACAACAUUUAUCCGAUUCUCAAGAGUUUCAAGAAGCAGUAAUUAAAGUGGGGUGAUAUUUUUUAUACUCGGUAAAUUGAACAGCAGUGCUUUAGUUUUUCUAUAGUGAAAUAAGUAUUGAUAACUGAUGUACAAAACUGCGCUGUACUUGUUCUUUGGUGGGAAAUAUUCUGAAGAUAUAGCAGUUGCUUAUGUUACCAAUCUACCUUCAACUGCAGAAUGUCAUCUUUGUUUUGUGAGCACACUUAUUUAUUAUUACAUACAAGCUUACAAAAUAUCGUAUACAACAAACACGUUAUUUUUAUAAACGAUACUUAAUUAGUUACUGUUUGCGGUUUGCGCAUUAGAGCAAAAGCUACAUUUUUGUUCUAGACACAAAGAAAUAAAUUGCAGCAUAUGAUGUA